AUGGAGACGCGCCAUGAGACGGCACGAUGCCACCAUGGGAUUGCACCGAAGAAUCAAGGACAUGGACGAUCAUCAAACCAACGCGCAUUGUUCAGCUGCUCGUCGGGACUCGGAGCAGCGAAGCCACUGAAGGAAAUCAUUUCUGGAGGGCAACCGACGGAUCGAUCAGCCGGGCAGCUGAGGAGAGGCCGGCAUCACUGUCGCUUCCCUCCGCAUAAAGCGGAACGUCUGUGGCCCGUGAUGGACCAGCGCCUCAUCGUAAGAGCGGAUGUUUUCGUAACCGCAACUGCCGGUCAGCUCUAG